AUUUAACCUAUUUCAAAAAAAGUAAAUCUUAAUAAAAUAUACAAUAAAAUAAACGAAAAAAAUCUAGAAAAAUAUCGCAUGAAAUAUAUAAUAAUUUCAGAUAUAAUAAUGCCUUUAACAAUUGUAAUAAUAUUCAAAAUUCAGAAUAAAGUAAAAAUAUAAAUGAAAAUGAAAUAAUGGAAGAAUUAAGUUUUGAUUAUAAUAUUUUUAGAAACGAUGUAGAUGAGAAAAAAAGCAAUUAAAAGUUUUAAGAAAAUUUAAUUAGAGAAAGCAACUUUAUAAAAUUUAAAAAUACAGAAAUAGUUUAAAAAGACUUGAUUAUUUAAUACGUCGCUAAUUAUAAAAAGGGUAAUUAGAAAACAACAGUAAUAUAAAUAAUAACAAUUUAUCCUGUAAUUCUACUAAUAUGUAGGUUUAUAUAAAUUAAUAUAUAGAUGAAUAUAUAGAACCAGCAUUAAAUUCAAACAAAUUAUUGUUAAAUUUAAUAAAUGAUAUUUUAGAUUUUAAUAAAUCUGUAUCAAUUCAAUACUAAUUUUGAUAAAAAAUAUAAUGAAUAUGAAACUCAUCUUUCUGCAUAAUUCAAUGUUUUACUAAAUUUAUCACCUGAUAAAGCAAAUGAAAAGUCGUCUCUUUUUUACGACUAUCAAAAAACUUCCAUUUAAAAUCUUAAACAUACCAACACUGAAAUAUAAGAUGGCAAUAAUUAAAUAUGUUAAUGUCCUUAAAUUCUUAUAGUUGAUGAUAAUAUUUUUAAUAUAUACGCUUUAUCCAAAUUACUUGAAUCUUAUGGAUUUGUAACUGAAACAGCUACAAAUGGUUAGAAUUAAUCUGUUAUAGUUGCAUGUACUGCUUUUGUAAGAGAAGAAGAUAAACAAAAUGCUCUAAGAAAUGGAAUGGAUGAUUAUUUAAACAAACCUGUUUAGAACAUCUUCUAAACCAUUGAAUUCGUUUAAAAUACAUUCUAAGAUUAAGACUCUAUUAUUUCUUCUAUUUCUCUUUUUUCUUUAUGA